GUUCCUUAAAUUCAAGCCCAUUCACUUCAAUUAUGAUUGCUUCCAUCUCUAUAUUUUGUUCUUUGUUACAUUAAUUUCUUUGACUCAUACGAUGUCUUUCAUUAAAGAUUUUGAUCACCUUAAGAUUCAAAUGGAAGAUGUAUUAUUAGCCACCAACAACUUUGAUCCCACUAGGGUGAUAGGGCGUGGUGGAUUUGGGAUUGUCUAUAAAGGAGAACUACCUUCCCCAAAGGGACAAAUCACAUACGCUUUUAAGCGAUUAGAUCGUAGACUAGGGCAAGGGGGCAUCGAGUUUUGGAAGGAAAUCAUGAUGCUUUCCACAUACGAACAUAAGAAUCUCAUCUCCCUCAAGCACUUUUGCAUUGAGGGUGAUGAAAUGAUUCUUGUGUAUGAGUAUGCUUCUCGUGGGAGCCUUGAUCGAUAUUUGUCUGAUGCUAGUACUCUCACAUGGAUCCAGCGCUUGAAGAUAUGUGUUGAGGCUGCACGUGGGCUAUGUUUCUUACAUGAUCCAAAGGAGACUCAACAAAGAGUUCUUCAUCGAGACGUCAAAAGCGCAAACAUUCUUUUGGAUCAGAAUUGGACCGCUAAAGUUUCUGAUUUUGGACUGUCAAAAUCUGGUCCUGCCAACCAAGUGCACUCGUAUCUCUUCUCCCAUGCUGUGGGGACUCCCGGGUAUUGUGAUCCGUUGUAUAUGGAGUUUGGUUUUCUAUCAAAAGAGUCGGAUGUGUAUUCUUUUGGUGUAGUUUUGUUUGAAAUUUUGUGUGGGAGACUAUGCUAUGAGUAUCAUAAUCAUGAGUUAACUAAAAUUUUAGUGCCUAAAUGGAGAAAAUGCUACGAGGAUAAGAGGCUAGAUAAAAUUGUUCUUUCCGGUCUAAGAGAACAAAUGGAUCCAGGUUCUUUGAGAAUAUUUUCAACCAUUGCCUAUCGAUGUGUGAAUAAAGCUCGUGAGGAGCGGCCGCCGAUGGCUGAGAUUGUGGAAAAACUCGAGUUCUCACUUGAACAAGAGAAUUAUAGAAGGAGAAUGGUGUACUCUGAACCAGCACCCCUUAGUGAUGGGAAUGAUUCUUAUGAUUCAGAAGAGCCUGUGUGGCAGUUAGGGUUGGGAGGUGGUUCGGAUUCAUUACCGCAACGGCCAGAUGAAGCUGACUGUGUUUAUUAUCUUCGAACCGGGUCGUGUGGGUACGGUUCUCGCUGUCGGUUUAACCAUCCGGUUGAUCUUGGUGGUUCGCUUUUUGGAGGUGUGAGGUCUGGUGGAGGGGAGUACCCGGAACGUAUCGGCGAACCCGUGUGUCAGUAUUAUAUGCGAACCGGGAUGUGUAAAUUUGGUGCUUCUUGCAAGUAUCAUCAUCCGAGACGUGCUGGAUCAUCGAGCACGGUGCCACUGAAUGUAUCAAGAUACCCUCUCCGUCCUGAUAGAGUUGAGAUUUUAGACAAGUGGGGUUUUCAUCAGAAUUUCUGAUAAACCACUUCAUCAGAAAUUUUGGUGAACAAAUCAUCAGAACGUCUGAUGAUCAGAAUUGUCAGAAACUGAUAUCAUCAGAUCCAUCAGAAAUGACCUUCUCCUAUUAUCCAAAUCAACUCUUGAUCAACUUGUGAUUCUUUGAAGUAGAUGCUUUGCAUUUCGGUUGUCCCAUCUUGUCUUCUUCUUCAGGACUGUUAUCUCCUCAGAGAUCCAGUUGAUUGAGAUUUUCUUCAAUAUUUACAAACGAAGUUUCCUAACACAAAUCAUUGCCUACAAAAGCUUUGUUCGACUUUCAAGGAAGAUGGACACAUGUCACUUAAGGAUACAUGUUAAAAUGUGGGGGAGACUUAUUCAAGUUGCACUCUUUUUCCCUUGACUAAGUUUUAUUUCAUUGGGUUUUCUUAGUAAGGUUUUUAAUGAGGCAAUAUACCUUAUCCAGAAGUAUUAGGGGGAGACAAUACGCACUGCAUUCUUUUUUCCUUAGCUGAGGUUUUGUCCCACUGGGUUUUUCUAGCAAGGUUUUUAACGAGGCAGCAUCACCAAGCGUAUUAAAGAAUAGUAUAUUAUCAUGUGGAUAGUCAAGGGGGAGUUUUAUAAAUAAACUAUAUAUAUAUUAUGGUGACUAUCCACAUUCUAAAUCUCAUCUUUUCAUGUCCUUUGUAUUAAUGUAAGAACACUAUAUAUAGAGUUCUUUGUAUUGCAUGUUUAAAUCUCAAUGAAAAGAAUUCUUAUUCACGUA